CAAUAGUAGUAAUGUUUGUUUAGACUGUGAGUGUAGUAGCAACUGGGGAGAAGAAUUAGAAGGAACAAAGCAAAGAGGAAAGAGCAAAGAGGAAAGAGGGAGUGUGAAGAGUGAUGAAACGAUUUUUCCAAGUAGUAGAGAAAGAUUCAGCGGGAUGUUUGAAGAAGCCGAAAGGAGAUGAGAAUGAAAAAGAAGAAGAAAAUGAAACAAAGAAAGAGCCAUUGAAAUUCCUGACUUGGAACGCCAAUAGUUUAUUCCUUCGCGUUAAGAACAAUUGGUCCGAAUUCUCCAAAUUCAUUACCACAUUCGAUCCCGAUGUCAUUGCCAUUCAAGAAGUUCGAAUGCCCGCUGCUUCUUCCAAUUCCAAUUCCAAGUCCGCUCCUAAAAAUCAAGAUCAAAUUAAAGAUGAUACUAACUCCUCCAGAGAAGAAAAAAGGAUAUUGGUGCGUGCACUUUCAAAUCCACCGUUUGGGAACUAUCGUGUUUGGUGGUCACUCGCAGAUUCAAAGUAUGCAGGGACAGCACUAUUUGUGAAAAAAUGUUUCAAGCCAAAAAGUGUUGUUUUCAAUCUUGAUAAAACAGCUUCAAAACAUGAACCAGAUGGCCGAGUAAUCUUAGCUGAAUUUGAAACACUUCGUUUAUUGAAUACAUAUGUUCCAAAUAAUGGGUGGAAAGAGGAGGCAAACUCAUUUCAAAGGAGAAGAAAAUGGGACAAAAGGAUCCUGGAAUUUGUCAACCAAAAUUCAGACAAGCCUUUAAUAUGGUGUGGGGAUCUGAAUGUCAGCCAUGAAGAGAUCGAUGUGAGUCAUCCAGAGUUUUUCAGUGCAGCAAAACUCAAUGGUUAUGUUCCUCCAAAUAAAGAGGAUUACGGGCAACCUGGAUUUACCUUGGCCGAAAGAGCGCGAUUUGGUACCAUCUUAAAAGAGGGAAAGCUGGUAGAUGCCUACAGAUUUUUGCACAAGGAUAAGGACAUGGAGCAGGGCUUCUCAUGGUCUGGAAACCCAAUUGGGAAGUACCGUGGGAAACGGAUGAGAAUAGACUAUUUUGUAGUUUCAGAAGAACUUAAAGAAAAGAUUGUUGCAUGUGAAAUGCAUGGACAAGGGAUAGAGUUACAAGGUUUCUAUGGAAGUGAUCAUUGUCCGGUUACAUUGGAGCUCUCUCCUAGUUCCAACUCUCAAAAUGAGGAUAUAAGUACUUAGCUGUUUAUGUUACAAAGCCACUGUCAAUUUUUAUUAUCUUAUCUAUUUCUCUUUUGUCUAGUUGCUUACUGUUUCGUUAAUGAGAAGCUAUUUCUUACUGUGUUUCUCUUGCAUGAACUAGCUGCUUACAUGCUUAAAUGGUUGUUGUUUAGUGAUUUUCCCACGAACUGGAAUUUUUUUGGUAGUACAUAUUAAUCCUUUAAAAUCAA